AAUAAUAUUAAUAAUAAUAAUAAUAAUAAUAAUAAUAAUUUGCUUUAUUCAAAUAUAAAAUAUAAACGAAUAAUUAAGGUGAAACAUAUAGAAACGAAAAUAGAUAUACAUAUAUUCAUAAUAAUAUUUUCAUAUUUUUCGCGCCUAAUUGAAAAUAGAGAGUGAGAUUAUAAAGUGAAGAAAAAAAAAUGGUGUCCGGCACUAUGGCUUGCGUGAAAUACCUGCUAUUCCUUUUCAACUUGAUAUUCGCGAUAAGCGGUAUCGUCUUCAUCUCUGUAGGAGCAGUAAUUCUGGUUGUUUAUCGAGGUUACAACAAUUUCGUCGACAGUUGGUUCUUCGCUGCACCUAUCUUGAUGAUAAUAGUUGGCAUUAUAGUCUCCCUGGUAUCUUUCUUCGGUUGUUGCGGCGCAGUAAAAGAAAAUCAUUGCAUGUUGAUAACUUACUCUGUCUUCUUGAUGAUCAUUUUUGCACUCGAAUUGGGUGCAGGUAUCUCAGGAUAUGUAAUGCGUAACGAAGUAGAUUCAAUGUUGCAUAAUCGUUUGAAUGAAACAUUUUACCAAUACAAAAGCGAUGAGAGUAUUCGUAAAUCUUGGGAUGUCAUGCAAUACGACUUAAAAUGCUGUGGUAUUAAUAGUCCAGUGGAUUGGUCAACCAAUGGUUACACAGAUAACGCUGUACCCGAUUCAUGUUGUACGGAAAUUUCAACCGGAGAAAAAUGUGAUUCUAAUUCGAUUUAUUCACAUGCCGAUGGGUGUAUGCCCAAAUUACAAAAGACCAUUAAAUACAAUUCAGUAGCCUUGGCAUCCGUCGGUGUAGGGAUCGCACUUACUCAGUUGAUCGGAGUAACCUUUGCGUGCUUUUUGGCUCGUUCGAUUCGUCGCGAAUAUGAGACUGUCGAAACCACAGCGCAUUGAUCUGCCAUCAGUUAAAAGGGGGCAUUUUUCAUAAUAUUGUUCAUCAUACAUUGGCAGAAAAAAAAAUAUCUUUCUAUUUCCAUUGCGAAUAUGAUCCAUUUUUAAUUUUUUUUUUUUUUAUUAAUAUCGUGCUUUGAAACAAAACUUACAAAAAUGUAUAGCAAAGAGGAAUGAUGUUUUUACAAAAAAAAAAAAAACCAAUACAUUUACUAUCUUUUCAAGUUACUUCUAGUAACUAAACUAAUUCAAGUUAUAUAUACAUGUAACUUGAAAAGAUUUUAAUCGUCGAGGUACUAUUUUCUGAUUUUUCUUUUUUAUGAAAUAAUUUUCUAAAAAAAAAAACAAAAAAAAAAUGAAAAAGAACGGGGAUGAUUUACUGCCAUUAACAUGCCAAAAAUGCCAAAGAGAGGGCAACUACUAUAAAAGAACAAAAAACAACAAACAAACUAUAUAUAUAUAUAUAUACAAUCUUACUCUCAUUUUCUUUUUAUGUAGAAUUUUAUGAGAUCAUCGUAAUGGAACAAAAAAAAAUUAAAAAAACAAGUAAAAAAUAAAAAAACAAAAAAAAAACAUAUAAAAAGAUGAAUUAUAAAAAGCGUUUGAAAAAAAAAAAGAAACAAGAAAAGCGACAAUUGUUGACAAUUAAUGCAAUUUAAUGUGCCAUGUGUUUCGCAGCUAUGAUGUUAAAAUUAAAUGAUUGAAAAAGAAACGAACAAAAAAGAAAUAUUGUUGUCAUCUACGUAAAAAAAAUAUGUCUUCGCUCCUAGUAGAAGCAUAGUUUAUUUUAAACAUCUAUCGUGUAAAUGUGAGAUACUUAAUCACAUAUAGUACUCGCGAUAAAACUUAAUCAACCAUCAUUCCUCUUUAAUUUAUAAAUAAUACUUGAAAAGAA